UUCUCACUUUUACCAAAAUGGAAUAUUAAAGUAAUUUUAUUAGCAGAAUAUCAAACACUUUGAACAAUACCCUAUUUAUCUUAACGUUUAAAGUGACCAUGGCUAAAGAGUUUAAUGUUUUAACUAUUGUAUAUCUUUGCUUGAGACGGAGACUUUAAUCUUGACGGUAACGAUAAUUUUCAAGUACUUUCGUACACAUUUUAAGGACAUUAUCUUGAUUUCGAACACGUGUGUAUAACUUCUGUCGUGUUUGGAUUACAGAUAAAUUAUUUCAAACGCUUUCUAAGGGAUAAUAGAUGACGACGGAACUACAGAUGUCCAGCCGGUAUAUAGAAAGCGGUUAUGACAUCAACAAGUAGACGUAACCCCUCAAGGGGUCCUGUGCCUGAUGUUCAACGUGUUCAUUAUAAUGAUACUAACGAUACUGAUGACGAUACUGGUGUGUCAUUUUUCCCGGUUCGUGAUGACGAUUCAUUUAUGAGCGUCAGAGGAGGCUCUUCUUGCAGUGAAAGUUCGGAGUAUGCAAACAAAAUGCAGAAAGGAGAUACAGCUGGUUUUGAUACACAGGGUGAAAGAACAGGUAUGCUCCCGAGAGAAAUCUUAAACAUGGAUAAAAGAUCCAUAGAAUUGUAUAACAGAGCUCUCCAGGAAGGUGAAGAAAAAACACAUUGUAUCCGUUUAAUGGUCGUCGGACAUUAUGGUGUUGGUAAAACAACACUGACAAAGCGAUUAUUUAAAGAGAAUGUGGAUAUAAAGGAACGCAAAAGUACAGAUGGUAUAGAUGUGCAUGUUGGAAGGUGUAAAAUUUCUCUUAAAGAUGGUACUUGGUUUACAAGUCCCACAUAUGCAGGUGGGAACAAAAAGAAUGUUAUGCAACGGUUAGCUAAGAUUAUGCAGACAACAUCAAAUGAAAAGGAGCAAAUAAAGUCUGCAACCGCUUCAAGUAUUACCACAACAGCUGUUGAAACAAAUAUGAAGUUGGAGCAGCAAAGUAAACGAAAUGAAGAAAUGGCGGAACCCCCGCAGUCCGGAACAUUAGAAAUAAUACGAACCGAAGACGAAAUAAUGGAUGCUCAGACAGAUACGAAAACAGAGAUCGCUGCAUCUAUGCGGGAACAUGGUGAAAUACCAAAGGUCAAAACAGGCAAAGAAAACAAAACAUCAUUAAGAACUAACGUAUAUACACCAUUUCAAGAUAAACAUAGAGAUGUUACUAAAGGUGGCAGUAAUAAGAAUAUAUUCAGGCGAUUGUGCAAUUUAAUACCUGUUGGUAAAAAAGGAAAUUCUGUGGCAAGUAGUAAUGUGAACACGUCAGUUGAAACAAUAGAAGUAAAAAGGGAGGUACCCAAAAGAUGGAGACCUUUCUUACAUCGUGAUUCCAUAGUGUCUAUCACAAGUACAAUUCCGGAUACAAAAGAUCUUGCUGAAACAGGAACGACAAGUCGAUCUGUUGAUUCACUGCGCAAAAGCGGGACAAACCAGGAUACUGCAAAAGCAAAAAUCGAGGAUAAUGUCCGAAAAGACUUACAGGAAGUGAUAAACGAAGUACGACAUGAUGUGUUCAACAAGGAUGAAGUGCUUUGUGACUUAUCACUGUGGGAUUUCGCCGGACAAAACAUAUUUUAUGCUACCCACCAGGCUUUCUUGUCACAACGUGCAAUUUACCUGCUUGUCUUAGAUAUAUCUAAACAUAUUGAUGAUACAGUACAAGACGAUAUAUGGCAUUUUGAUUGUCAUGGGGAACAAGAAUGUAAAGUAGCUGAAUUUAUUGAGUUCUGGCUAAAUUCAAUCCACGAAUUCUGCAGUAUUCCAGGUGAAAAUGGACCGCCAGUUAUACUUGUUGGAACAUUUGUCGACAAAUUAGAAAAGAGGUCAGACGCCGAGAGAUGUUUUUUCAAUAUGCAGAGUACUUUGAUAAAAAAAUCUACAAAUUGCCAUCUGACAAAAAGACAGUUUGAUAUCGACAACACGGUUGACGGAGACGAGAAUGUCGAGGAGUUAAAAAAGCAUAUCGUUGAAAUUGCGGCAAAACAAAGCUAUUGGGGGGAACGUAUUCCUGCAAAAUGGAUUGCUCUGGAAGUCCGUUUGAUACGUCUUAAAGAAGAACAGAAUAUGAAGGUUCUUUCAAAAGAAAAGAUGAAAGAUGAAAAUAGACAACUUCCUGUACCUAUUGAGAGUGACGAAGGGCUUGAACUUUUCUUGAAAUUUCACCAUGAAACUGGAACGAUUCUAUACUUCGGGGAAGACGACAUGAAAGAAGAUAUCUUACUUGAUCCACAAUGGCUGAUAGAUGCAUUUAAAAGCUUGAUUACGGCUGCAAUGUUUUGCAGAAAGGAACCUGAAGUACUAAAGAAAUGGCUAGAAUUCGAUAAAUCAGCAGUUCUCACUUUGGAUUUGAUAGACUUGAUCUGGACAAGUCAAGAGGAAGAUAAAGCCUACAUGAAUUACAAAGAAUUACUGCUGCGAUUUAUGGAAAAAUUAGGAUUCAUGGCAAAACCUAAACAGCGGACGGACGAAUAUACAAAGGUUGAAGAUUAUUACUUUGUCCCAUGUAUGCUAAAAGACCCUCCUCCAGAGAAUGUAAUAGCUUGGAAGAAUUCAGAGCAGAUCAAAUCUACAAGCAAACUUUGUUUAACCAAUGCAAAUGAAGCUGACCAGAGAUUUAUUCCCUCAACGGCUUUCAACAAACUCAUUGCUGCUUGUAUCAAUCAAUGGCCACUUUCAAAACAACAUGACAAAUACAUGAUUUUCUGUGGCGGAGCAAUAUUCAAACUUUCAGAUAAUCAUUUUUUGUAUAUAUUCCUGUAUGAACAUGUAAUACAAAUCUGGAUAUCUCGUUUGAGUAUAGAAGGACAGAAUCCGUCAGUUUUGUUGUCUGUGGAGACGGCGGCUCAAGUCCGGAAAAUAUUGAAAGAAAAUGUGAGAAUGCAAAGAGAAAUCUUGCCAUUUGUGAAGUGUCCAAAGGCAACAUUAUAUUCAAAUGAAGAUAUGGUAUAAUUGGAUGAACAUGGAAGUACUGGAAACAAAGAGAUCUUGUGCGACUGCCAAAAAGAUAAACAUGUUGUGUCCUACGUAGACAUUGCAAAAUAUUGGGUCCCAGGAUACACGAUUCUGAAAUAUGAGUUAGCGUCGCAUUUUGAUUUGGAAAGAAGGCCAACAGAAAAUGAUUUCAGUCGUAUCGCCCGUAGGAUUGGAAGUGAAUUCAAGCAAUUAGCUUUUGAGCUAGGACUCAAAAAACCUGACAUUGAUCAUAUUUGUAUUGAUUACCACACAGCUGCUGACCAAAUAACGGUCAUUCUAACUGAGUGGUCGAAACGCAUGCACGAAAAGGCAACAUAUAGUGAGCUUGCAAAAGCCCUGCUAGCGGUCGGUGUUGAUGUAGAAUCGGUUUUCCUUGGAAUAAUAGGAUGAAUCAUAAGUGAAGUAAAUGCAUAUGCCUUAAGUUGUGCGAACCUGUGACAUAUUUUUAUUGAAUCGAAAUUAUUAACCAAGACAACGGUCAGGUGAUAAAUUAUUAAGAGUGGUACUAGUUCAUGGGAGAGCCAAACGGGUGUUGAACUGUUCAAAAGUCCUCGUGAGAAAAUUUGAUAGGGUGCUUUUCAGCCCAAACUCACAAACGUAUGUAGUGUUAUAUAUAGGUUCAGAUACCAAAGAAAAGUUUGCCAAUCUCAUUUGAUAAAUAUGUUUUGAAAUAAAUUAAGAGUUGUUAAAUUAAAAGAAAAAACAA